GUCAUUUUUAUAAGCCGAGGCAAUGAAUGUAAAAUAAAGUAAAUAACUAAAAUGUUAAUAUAAAGAACUUCCAUAUCACUAUGACAAAUUUCCAGUGAUUACUGGUUCUAGGAUUCCACUCAUGAUAACGGAGUUUUUACAAAAUGCCUGAUCCUCAUGAUGUAGAAUACGACGAAAACUGUGAUCCGGACAAUCCUAGGAAAAUAAAAUAUGACGAUAUACUGGCUGCUUCGCGGCGCAUUGCGGGAACUGUUGUGCGAACACCAUGCACGAGGGCUCACAUGUCCGACGUGCUAGGUAUGGAAAUAUAUUUGAAACAAGAAUUUAUGCAGUACACAGGAUGUUUCAAAGAGCGUGGUGUUCGUAACACGUUGCUACUGCUAACGGAAGAACAGAAAAAGAUUGGCGUGAUAUCAGCUUCCACCGGCAAUCACGGAUUGUCUAUGAGUUAUCACACCACACAGAUGGGGAUUCCCUGCAUCGUUGUAAUGCCGACUCGAGCGCCAAUAACCAAGCUUACUAAAUGUCAGUCUUAUGGCGCGAAGACUUUGCUGCACGGUGAAAAUAUGGCCGAAGCAAAACAUUAUGCCAUGGCUAUGUCUAAAGAAAAGAAACUAUACUAUGUUAAUGGAUAUGAUCACCCUAACGUUAUAGAAGGACAAGGUACAAUAGGAAUAGAAAUUAUAGAACAAGUUCCAGACCUAGACGCCGUACUAGUGCCUGUUGGUGGCGGGAGUAUAUUGACUGGUAUUGCUGUUGCAGUAAAACAUCUCAAACCAGACACGGAAGUUUAUGGCAUACAAACAGACAAGACUUACAGUAUGGUUGAGGCGCUGAAAAGGGGUGAACGAGUAAAGAUAAAUAUAGAAGCUACUAUAGCUGACGGUCUCGGAGUUAACAUGGCUGGAGUGAACACAUUUUACAAUUUGAAAAACGCCGGAAUAUUAGAUAAAAUGGUAGUUGUAAAAGAAGACUGGGUAGCGCGUGCUAUCAUGCACCUUGUCGAAAACGAGAGAUACGUAGUUGAAGGCGCUGCAGCUGUCACAAUAGCGGCCAUCAUGGCAGGGCUCUUUCCCAAUCUUAAGGGCAAAAAAGUGGUGUGCGUGCUAUCGGGCGGUAACAUCGACACGACGAUCCUGGCACGCGCGCUGGAGCGAGGCAUGGCGGCAGAGGGGCGGCUGGUGAAGUUCAAGGUGACGGUGAGCGACCGUCCCGGCGGCAUGGCCGACAUGUGCGGGCUGCUCGCCAGCGCGGGCGUCACGCUUCGCGACUGCAUCCCUGAGCGAGCCUGGGUUAAAGGCGACGUCUUCAGUGUCGAGAUGAAAGUUAUAGUCGAGACGAGAGGAUGGGAACACACCAAAGAACUGGUAGAGCUCGUGAAAAAGAGGUACAAAGAAUGUUUCUUCCCCGAGAUGACCGAAAAUCAGGGUAAAGCCCCUGGCGCUAAACGUGGUCCCUGUCUAGCUCCGAAUCCUGUUUGUAUGCAAAAAUAAUGUACAUGGCAAACUAAAGUUUUGACAAUUACACUGAUGUUUUCUAUUUAUUUUGGAAAUUAAAUUGUUCACAGUUAA